ACAACCACCACCACCAACAUCACCCCUCUCUUCCCUUCUACCUCCCACCCCCCACCCCUUCUUCUUCCCCACGAAUCGCCCGUUGCCCGGAUUUUCCUUCUUCGACACCAAAAAAAAAGAGGCGCUGCCCCAGAUACAAACUCGCCCGCGACCCGAGCUUCCCGCCCAACUGGACUUUCGCUCCGUCGCCCAUUUCCCGCCCGCCAUCUGGUCCCUUGACUCGCCAAAAAUAUCUUUCCCGCUGGACAGGGCCACCCACAUACCGCGCCCGCAAUGUGGUUCCGCAAGAAGGACAGUGACAUUGAAAUGUCGGGCAUGAUGGAAGCCGAGCAGAAGAUGAAGACGAAGAAAUCAAACGGCCCUCCCGAAGAGACAGAAUACCAAAAGUUCGACUGGAAACGCUUCUUCCUCGCUCCAAAGUACAUACCAUGGCACAUAUUAUUCAUCGUCAUCGGCAUCAUUACUGUCAUCAUCACCAUCAAGCACGACGAAGUUGUAGCAAAACUACGACCGUGGUCGGAAAAAGUCCGUGACUUGCCGGCAGGAUGGUUAAUACCCAUUGUCAUUCUCGUCAUUAUUUCUUUCCCGCCACUCUUCGGUCAUGAGAUUAUUGCGCUGCUGUGCGGUGUGGUCUACGGACUCUGGAUCGGUUUCGCCAUUGUUGCAGCGGGCACUUUUAUCGGUGAGGUCGGCACUUGGUACGCUUUCAAAUAUGCUUUCCGCAGCAAGGCCCUGAAAUUAGAACGCACAAAUCUUAAUUACGGUGCUCUGGCCCGUCUGACGCGUGACGGCGGCUUCUUCAUCGUCCUUGUCAUCCGACUUUCGGCCAUCCCAGCACAUUUCUCCACGGCCGUCUUCUCCACCUGCGACGUCAAGUUCUGGCAUUUCGUCGUCGCAACCUUCUUCUCGCUCCCCAAGCAAAUCUUCCUCGUCUACCUCGGUGUGCUGCUCCUGCAACAAAGCAACGACGAUGUCAUCAAAACGGUCAUGUUCACCGCUGUCUUCAUCAUCACCAUCGCAAUGGGCAUCUGGAUCUACCUCAAGAUGCGCACCAUCAAGAAGCUGUUACUCGAAGAGCAGGAAAUGCGCCGCGUCAAGAAGGCCGAGGCUGUCGAGCUCGUGCCUAGCCCUGAGAGUGCGUACCAGAGGCGAUAUGACGAGGAGUCUGCGACAGAGUGGGCGCCCAUGCAGCCAAAGCAGGUUAGUAGGCCGAUGGAGCGGCGGUACGAUGACGAUCAUGGAGAUUGGGCCAUGCAGCCUACACAGCCAACGAGAAUGGUUUGAGGAGGGGGCUUCUUCUUCUUUCCCCCCAUUUCCAUUCCCUCUCUCUCUCUCUCUUUUAACAUUUUUUUUCUUCCAACACACUUGAGAAGAACUUGUUUUUUUCCAUGCUCUCCGUUUUGUACCAACAAGAGAAAAAAGACUACAGGAGUAGUUUUUUUUUCCUCUCUAACUGCUUAGGAUUUAUUUAGGUAUUGGUAAUGGCAUAAUGACGUUAUGAAUUAUUUUUUUUGGUUGAAUCAAAGAAAGAAAGUUUUA